GAAAGCGCAUGGUUCUGCAUGACCAGUUGGCUAAUCUAUUAAGGGACAUUCCUGUGUCAGAUAGUACCAUUCUCUUACCUGCACACACCCGCAGUGAGGCAGAAAAUGACUUUCCCCCACCCUGCCUCCAAUAACUGCAGGCCAUUCAGGUUUCAUGGACCAAACCAGUUUCAUAUCAUCUUAAACUCCGAGGGCACUUAAGCCGUUCCUCCUCAAUUAACACGCCCACAUCUUCGUGAGAAAACUCUUCUCCUGCUCCUUACUGUUGUAUUUCAUCUCAGUGACGGUGUGGGUGUCUUUGCUGUGGAAAUGGCAGAGCCGAGUUUUGCGGUCGCUCAGGACCAGCUGAGCUGUCAAAUUUGUCUGGACCUACUCAAGGACCCGGUGACUAUUCCCUGCGGACACAGCUACUGUACAAACUGCAUUUCCGACUACUGGGGCACAGCCAAAGUGGAAGAGGGCUACAGUUGUCCUCAUUGCCGGCAGACCUUCGACUCAAUGCCGCUCCUCGGCCGCAACACCAUACUGGCUGGAAUGGUGGAGAGACUGAAGACAGCAGAAGUCCCUCAAGUCCCCCAAGCCCCAGAGGAGCCUCCAGAUAACAACUGCUAUGCCGGACCCGGGGACGUGCCGUGUGACUUCUGCAUUGGGAAGAAACUUAAAGCCAUCAAAUCCUGCCUUGCGUGCCUGGCCUCGUACUGCGAGUCUCACCUCGCACCUCAUUUAGAGACACCCCGCCUCAAGAAGCACAAGUUAGUGCCGGCCACUGCACAGCUGGAGGAACAGCUCUGUGAGCCCCAUGACAAACUCCUGGAGGUGUUCUGCUGCAUGGACAAAACAUUAAUCUGCAUACAGUGCGCAAUGGAAGAACACAAAGGCCAUGACAUAGUACCGAUAGCACAAGAGAGAGCCGAUAGACAGAAAGAGUUUGCGAAGACUCAGGACCUGUACCAGCAGAGGAUUCAAGCGCGAGAGAAGGAGCUGCAGGACCUAAAAGGAGCCAUGGAUGCCCUCAAGCACUCUGCACAGGCAGCAGUAGAGGAGAACGAGAGGACGUUCAACCUGCUCAUCCACUCGAUAGAGAGAAGGCGGUCGGAGAUGAAGGAGCUGAUCAGAGUCCAGGAGAGGACCGAGCUGGGUCUAGCCGAAGGCCUCCUGGAGAAGCUGGAGAAGGAAAUCGGCGAGCUGAAGAAGAGGGACGCCGAGCUGGCCGAGCUGGCGCAAACAGAGGACCACGUUCGUUUCCUGCAGAGCUACCAGUCUCUUUGUGCAACUCCUCCACCAGCAGACAUCCCACACAUCCCUGUACACCAAAGCAGACCUUUGGCAGACUUGAAGAGGACUGUCUCUUAUCUCAAAGAAAGAAUAGACAGUUUUUGCAAAGAGGAAUUAGUGAAAAUCUACGGAAGUGCGACAUAUGUCCACCUCAUACCAGAACCACGUGCCAAAGAUGAGUACUUACAAUACUGCGGCAAUUUCACAAUGGAUCUCAACACAGCCAACAACUGUCUCUGUCUGUCCGAGGGCUGCAAGGAGGCUUCCAACACCAUGAAGGUGCAGUCCUACCCCAACCACCCAGGGAGGUUCCUGAAUCCCGCGCAAGUGCUGUGCAAAGAGGCCAUAACCGGCCGGUCCUACUGGGAGGUGGAGUGGAGCGGGGAAAGUGGGGUGGGCCUGGCGGUCUCGUACAAAAGCAUCAGCAGGAAAGGGAGCACGGGCGACUCCAAGUUCGGCUCAACCAUUAGCUCCUGGAGAUUGCGCUGUUCUCCCGCGAAGUAUACGUUCAAACACAGCAAUGAAAAGAUCGAGAUCCCCAUCCCCGACCCUGCCCCCAGCUCCAAUAGAGUAGGAGUGUAUGUGGAUCACAGGGCAGGCAUCCUGGCCUUCUAUAGUGUCGCUGACACCAUGAGCCUCCUCCACCGAGUGCAGACGCGAUUCUCUCAGCCCCUCUACCCUGGCUUUUUGAUCCAUAUCAAUUCGAAAGUGAAGUUUUACCAAAAAUCUUUAAACCUCCACCCCUUAUGCAGUCUUCCUAAUUGUGGUUAAUCGGUAUCUCUGGCAUGAAACUGCCAAUUCAACACCUCACUCACACCUACUGAUGUUGUGGCCAGAUUCUUCGAAGCAAAAGCUUAGGAAACACUAGAAUAGUAAGGCCUCACAGGGCAAUAUGUUUUCAAAGGCAGUGAUGAAGGUGUCAUUCAACAAAGCCUGGUGGGUUUGGUAGAGUUCUUUAUAGCUCUCUGCUGGUGCUGUAUGAAUCAGCGCAUGUUAGCUUCAACGGUAGUUGUAUGAAGUGUGAACAUAACUUUAAUGUGAAGACCAGUCACAAUGGUGGUGGGAGAACUCAGAGGUGAGGAGUGAGGGGACAUAGAGUUAAGGGUUUACUGUAGUUGUUAUUGUGUUUUCGAUGCUACUGCUGAGAGAUUGAUAUACGGUGAAGUUGGAUAUUGUUGGAGGCUAGUAAGAUUUGACAAAGACUAUUUAUUUUUGGAGACUGAGUUAUCGGUCUGGUUUAAUUUUGUCCGAGGAUUGAAAUGUGGACUGUGAAAUUCAAACCUUAAUUCCAACGGUAGGCGUUUUAAUCGUAAUUUUCUAAACUCCUUCAUUUUAAUUAGCAUUAAAAAAUGUGAAUUAACUGUGUAAGUAUAAUUUGUGGAUCUAUCUGAAUUUGAAGAUGUUCUUAAGAAAGGUGAAACGGGUUGGAAUUUUGUUCUGUAAUGAAGGCAUGCUUGAUGCUCAAUGAAGAAGAGUGAAGUCGACAAGUCCACACGCAUUGACUCACAAAUUUUGAGGCAAGUCUGUGGGGCUUUAAGGCUGCCCCACUGCCAAAUUUCUGUUUUUCGGAAUUAGGGUGCAUUACAGUGCAUAGCGCUGUAGUGUGAAACAAAAGCACAGUAAACAGCUACCAUAAAGUGUAAAUAAUAUGCAGUGCCGUUUUGGG